AUGGGGUUGGGAACUGUGUCGACGGGUCCGAUGAGAGUGGCUGUAGUGUGCCCAAACACUGCUUCUUCACCUGCCGUAACGACGCCACCUGUCUGCCGUCACGUCAGCUGGGGGACGGACGUCAGGACUGCGCUGACGGGGAGGACGAGAGGCCCGGUGACGUUGAGGAGGCUCUGGGGCGUGAGUGGGGCUCCUGUAGCUACAGCUGUCCGUCCGUCUACGGUAACGCGUCAUGCGUCCCUGACGCGUUCAGGUGUGACGGUGACGCGGACUGUUUGGGGGAGGAGGACGAGCAGAGCUGUGGAGACGCCGCACCUGUGGAAGAUGGCGGAGGGACAGGUGACGGGGGGACUACAGUGGGCCAAGAGCCGACCGCAGAACCGACACGCAGCCAAGGGUCGUUCGGAAACCAAGCAGUUGGAGAUUUCCAUGCUGGGAGCCAUGGGGCCCAGAACAAGGCCGUGGUUUGGAUGACAGCCGCUGCGCUCGGCGGGCAGAUUCUCUAUCGUCUGGCUUUCUAGUCUAGUCAUGGUCUCAGCAAUGUGACACAAUCGUGGUUGAAUUGUUAUUUAGAAACAAUGGCUCAUUUUGUGGGAUUUUUAUGAGAAACGUUUUUUUUUAGAAAAGCUUUGCUUGAUGUUCCAUUUUGAACACCAUCUUAAACAAAUGUUUGUCAU